AACGAUGCAGGUUUGAGAUACGAAAAUACCAAAGAUGGUAUUUAAAAUUAUCAGCGAUCUUCGCCGUGUGUGUGCGUGAGCCGCUGAUAACGCAGCUGAUCGAGCGAAUUUGGUGCUGGGUGUUGGCUUUAGCGUUUCGAUUGGACAGGAAUCCGGGAGCAGAGCAUGGCUAACGACUCCAGCAGGUCCCAGCAGUCUACCAGGAUCACCAGCGACAUGGUCCUCACGCCGCAGUCGUCGCCAAAGGAGGGGCAAGCAAAGGUCGAGGCCAUCCCCAGUGCCCCCAAGUGGCGCUCCCCCCAGCUGCUGAUUGUCUUCGAGGACGGCGACCUGCACUCGGCCCGCCAGCAGUUGCUGCACUCCCUGCAGAAUCCCUUUGCCGAGGGCUCCGUGGCCACGCUGCUGCUCCAGGAGAGCAUAGCCGAGCAGUUCGUGGGCCUGGUGGCCCGGGAUCUGCGCACCCUGCCGCAGGAGGUGGCCAAGAAUCCCACCUACAUCAGCACGCUGGCCAAGAUCGAUCAGCUGAAGGCCAAGGUGGUGAGGGGCGAAAGCCUCAAGGCUGGCGAGUCGCCCAUCCUGGUGUACGACUGUGUGCACAGCUACCUGGGAGGUGGAGCCACUGGGGUGGUCACACUGCACACCUUCCGCACGGCCAAGGAAGCCGGCGAGUUGGCCAAAAGGGAUCCGCUGCCCUAUGGCCAGGUCAGCCUGUGGAACGAGAAGCUGGCCUGCGCCUACGAGCUGAUUCCCCGCCUGCCAGCCGACGUUGUGGCCAUCAACUGCUUCAGUCCCGACCUGAGCCCCAUCAGGGACUCCUUCAAAGGCAACCGCAACGAGGUCCUGCUGGAAAAGAACUACCACUACGAGUCGCUGGUGGUCAGCGGCAAGCGGAGGAUCGUCGUGUUUCCCGUGGGCACCAUCUUCGCCAACUAGGAGUGAGGAAGGUCUGCGAUGCGGCGACCAGGAACCAGUCACAUAGCCAGGUGCUCUUACACCAAUACUUAACAAUACCUCUCAUAAGCAUUUUACUUGUAUCUAAAGGCUUUUCGCACAGUUCAAUUGGAAUAUUAGGCAUGGUACCUCAAAAUUUCGAAUUAUACCGAACAAAUUUUCACUUAUCCAUAUGGUAGCCAUAAAAAAGGGAAGCUGUAAACCUUAAAAAUCCUUGUUUCUAAAACAAAACAUUGUUAUAAUUGGUUGUAUAUCAUAUCAUAUCAUAUCAUAAUAUUCCAACUGAAAGUCGGUAGCCAGAACUGUUUUUUAUACUCUGCCAAUAAUUGCCCACUGAAAAA